AUCUCCAUACAAUGAUUCGAUUCAGUCUAGUUGCGCUUUUAUUCGCGGUUGCGGUUUCCGCUUUUCCCACCGAGAAGGACGCUCGUGUUGUUAAUGGACAACCUGCUGCUGUAGGCCAGUUUCCGUACCAAGUACUCCUGAAGGUUCAACUUCCGCAGGGGCGGGCCUUAUGCGGAGGAAGCUUGCUUAGUGACCAGUGGGUUUUAACGGCAGGUCACUGCACACAGGGUGCCACAUCAUUCGAGGUUACGCUAGGUGCCGUAGACCUGAAUGAUACCGAAAAUGACGGUCGUGUCGUAGUGACUGCUACGGAAUACGUUCGACAUGAGAAGUUCAAUCCACUGUUCGCCACCAAUGAUGUCGCCGUUGUGAAACUUCCCAAGCCAGUGGAAUUGAACGAUCGAGUUCAACCGGUGAAAUUACCCACGGGUACCGACAGUUAUACGGAUCAAAAGGUAGUUGUCAGUGGCUGGGGACUGCAGAAGAAUGGUGGAGAAGUAGCCGAAAAAUUGCAGUAUGCUCCUCUGAAGGUGAUUAGCAACAGCCAGUGUACGAAGACCUACAACCCGUUGGUAGUGAAGAAGACCACGCUGUGCGCCCAGGGAGACGACAAGCAGUCACCUUGCAACGGAGAUUCUGGUGGACCGUUAGUACUGGAAAACGAACGUGUUCUGGUUGGAGUUGUCAGUUUUGGACAUGCAACUGGAUGUGAACGCGGCUUCCCGGGUGCGUUUGCUCGCGUUACGUCGUUCGUUAGCUGGAUUAAAAAGCAUACCGGACUGUGAACGUUUGAAGACUUGCUAGUGUGACAUGCAAAAGUUAUAAAUAACACAAUAAAUCAUCAUUGCAUUUA